AUGGCGGCGCCCUAUCUCCGAUGCGUGAAUGGCCCGUUGUGGAAAUUUUUUAGGUCAGGUGUUAUUUUUACGCCAAUUCGCAACAUUUCCUUGAACCAGUUUUGCCGUAGCGCACAUAAGCUAAAAAAUGAAACUGUUUCUUCCCCAUGGAGGCUUUAUGCGGCUGUAUGUUUGCAAAGGCUACCGAUAGUUUCUCAGGAGAGAAGCCCGAUUGAGGAACAGUUUCUAGACCUAAUGCACCAGAUGGAAUUGGAAAGAAGCCUACUGGCAGACCACGAACUACGGCUUUUGGAGGAUGCUGAGCGAAUGAGCCGCAAACAGGAGGAAGACUAUGAUUCCGAUGAAGAGGAGGACUACGCCGGCCAAGACAUCGUUACUGCUCAGGACCUGGAGGACACAUGGGAACAAAAACUGAAACAGUUUCAACCAGCUUCAAGAGAAAAAUCUGCUGACAAGACUGAACUAAGUUCCUCAAACCGCUGCCUGGGAGACAAUUUGGUGUUACUAGUGAAACAAAGUGUUGGUGGUGAGAAGAUUUGGUUGCUGCCGCAGCUUCAGUGGGAGACUGGAGAAACACUCAAACAAACAGCAGAACGUGCCCUUGCCAGACUGCCAGGUGCAGAUUUGAAGGCUACAUUCUUAGGCAAUGCGCCCUGUGGAUUUUAUAAAUACAAAUUUCCAAAAGACAUUCAAACAGAGAGCUGUGUGGGAGCGAAGGUGUUUUUCUUCAAAGCAUUGCUCUCAGUCAGUAGCCACUCACCACUGGAAAAGGAUUCUUUCAUUUGGGUGAAAAAGAGUGAACUCCCAGAAUAUCUUAAGCCAGAGUAUCUAAAACAAGUUAAUCGUUUUAUCAUUAGCUUGUGAUAGAAGAGGAGUUCUGGCAAACCUUUCUAAACAACAUGGUAAUCUUUACUGGCACUCAUUUAGUCAUAUAAUUUAAUAUCCCUCAUUUUCUAGACAUUGUCAAGAAAUGUCUCUGAAUCUAUGUGGAACCCUUUUAUUGUAUGUGUGUCCAGCCUUUUCAGUUCUAAGAAAGAAAUUAUAUU